CACGGGGGAGACACGGGGGAGACAGGGGUAGACACGGGGGAGACAGAGGGAGACAGAUGUCCAGUAGGGACGGGUCAGACAGUUACAUCGAAGACGGCGUGACCGGAUGACACGGAGAGAGAGAGAGAGACACGGUGAGACAGAGACACGGCGAGACACAGAGGCAGGGAUAUACAGUAUAGAGAGAGGGGAAACCAGGGAGGCACUGCUUAGUGAGACGUUGAGCCCAUAGGGUUACCGAUAGAGACACAGACAGUCACAUAGGAGGGGGAGGAGGAUGGAGGAAGGGAUGGAAACCCCCCUCGUGGUGCUGCGCUGUGGCCCCUACGAGGCGUGUGGACUGGUUCGUCACCGGCCCUGGAGGCUCCUGGGACUCCUGUCCCUGCUCCGCCGACACGGGUUCACGUGCGCGCCGGAGCGCGUGCACGCGCGCGGUCACGUGGAGCUGCGCGUGCGCGGGGAGGUGGUGUUCACGUGCCGCGUCACGGACCUCGAGUUCGGAGGAGACGGGGGUAUCGACCCCCUAUGCCAGGCGGCACUCCGAGCUGUGCAGAACGCAGUCUGACUCUGUCUCCGCGGAUCUCCUUGGCGCGAAGAGCCGAGCAAGAGUCACCAUCGCUCGAGACACCACGCGGGCGAUGCCCUCCUCACCAGACCUCCUCCUCCACCGGCAUUCCCCUGACCGACCGUCACAUUGCGCUACGUAUGGUGCAAAAGAAGUUCGACACUCAGUGGAUUUUCACCAGGACAUAAUGGAGAAACCACGGUGGCGAGGUGUUAGCUACAUCACGUGGUGUGCAGGAGGUCGUUGGUUCGAUCCCUACCCUGACGCCUGCUGCUGUAUAUUUUAGAGUUUUCAUGUUCUCCUCUCUCCCCGUGGUCCCGUGGAUUUUUCCUCCGGGUCCUCCGGUUUUUCCCUCCACAAUUAAUUCCCUCCACAUUUAAUUCGACAAUA